CUCCCACGACUGUCGUUAAUCCGCCGCCGAAGCAGUAUUUCUUCGACAGCUCAUGAAGGGUCAACCUGCGCAUUCCUUUGGCUGUUCGCAAACAUCCCUUUGACAACCACACAAUUGAACAACAUGCCGUCGAAUUUCUUCAAGAAUCGCAGGGUCUACCUGCUCACGAGCGUUGCCUACAUGGGUUAUGAUACGGGUGUAAUGGGAAGUGUGCUCGCUCUGAGAGCCUUCAAAAAAGACUUCGGGCUCCCAACCGAUUCAUCCGGCUUCGCCAGCUCUAAGAAUGCCUAUGUCUCCUCCAACGUUGUGUCCCUUCUCACUGCAGGAUGUUUCUUUGGGGCCAUCUCCGCAGUAUUUAUCAACGAGCGCUUCGGCCGUCGCCACUCGCCGAUGUUCUUUUCCGUCAUCUUUCUCAUCGGUGCUGCAAUCCAAACUGGUGAACAUCAUGAAAUCGGUAUGAUCUACGGGGGUCGUGUCAUUGCUGGAUUGGGUAUUGGCGGCAUGUCCUCUAUCACUCCAGUCUUCGUUUCCGAGAACUGCCCACCGCAUGUCCGAGGUCGGAUUGCUGGUCUCUCUCAGGAGUUCUUGGUUAUUGGAUGUACAUUUGCCUAUUGGUUAGAUUAUGUCGUAUCACUCCAUAUCCCGCAAGGGCGCUAUUCAGAAGCAGCCCAGAGCCCCUCCCAUGUCCGCUGUGAACCAGAAGGCCAUCCGGACGUCAUAAAAGAAUUAGCCGAGAUCCGUACCGCCAUCGAGGAAGAGUUGAAUGCUACCGAAGGCGUCACUUGGCGAGAAUGCCUGCUACCGGGAAACCGAUAUCGUUUCGUGACCGGUUUUUGCUUGAUGUUCUGGCAGCAGUUCUCCGGUACGAGUAGUAUUGGAUACUAUACACCUCAAAUUUUCCAGAUGGUCGGGGUGUCCAAAAGCUCGUCCUCUUUAUUCGCCACAGGUGUUUAUGGCACUGUCAAAGUGGUUACAACAGGCCUCUUCCUCAUCAUCAGAAUUGAUCAGUUUGCUCGCAAGAAGUCACUAAUGGCUGAGCUCUGCAGGACGGCCUUUACGAAACGUAAAACCUACACGACGCUCCGCUCAAAAUUUUCCGCUGUAUUGUUCCGUGGAAGUAUAUACAAAACACGGCCAUUAUACGAUUCUCUGCGUCAAUCCCUAGGUGAUGCUAGGAUAUUUGGUGGUGCAGGGAAGAAGUCACAUUUCUACGAUAUCAAGGUUGCUGUAACAUCGACGGACGAGCUUGCUAAAAACGCAAUCAUCAUGGCCAACUACAAUCGACAGGGAGAAAACUAUGCACGCCACAUCUUUCAGCGUCCAUCAGAUCCAAGUAAAGAGCCUAUGAUAUGGGAGGCCGCUGCCGCAUCCGCGGCCGCUCCGCCUUAUUUCACCGCUUUUUGGCAUCCGGAAACAAGCCGUACUUAG